CAGACAGUAGUGUGGUGACAGCGAGCUUGUGUCUGAAUCUGAUACCGCUCAAGCUCAAGCAGUUAGACACUGCGUCAGUGUAAUUAACAAUGUAGUUGGAAGUUGGAACAGAUUAACGCCAGCGCCGAUCAUUUGACAGCCGGAGAGCUUGCGAGCUGCAUUGAGCUGCUGGCCCAUAGGCAGCCAUGGUGGUGAAGAAGAGUCGCAGCCGCAGCUGGGCCGGUGUUGCGGCGCCGUUGAUCUUGUGGUACUUCGCUUGUGUCGUCGUUGCAGCGGCGGCAAUGGCGUCCGGCGGCGGCGGCGGAGGGGAGCACCGGUACGGCGGCGCCGCCAAGUACAAGGACCCGAAGCAGCCGUUGAACACGCGGAUCAACGACCUGCUGCGGCGGAUGACCCUCGCGGAGAAGAUCGGCCAGAUGUCACAGAUCGAGCGGGAGAACGCCACCGCCGACGUCAUGCGGAACUACUUCAUAGGGAGCGUGCUGAGCGGGGGCGGCAGCGUCCCGUCUCCCAACGCAGCGCCGGCGGAGUGGGUGCGGAUGGUCAACGAGAUCCAACGGGGUGCGCUGUCCUCGCGCCUCGGGAUCCCCAUGCUCUACGGCAUCGACGCCGUCCACGGCCACAACAACGUCUACAGGGCCACUAUCUUCCCCCACAAUAUCGGCCUUGGUUGCACCAGAGAUCCAGAGCUAGUGCAGAAGAUUGGAGCAGCGGUUGCUCUUGAGGUCAGGGCCACUGGAAUCCCAUAUGUCUUCGCGCCAUGUAUUGCGGUGUGUAGAGACCCAAGGUGGGGCCGAUGCUAUGAGAGCUUCAGCGAGGACCCCAAGCUCGUCCAGCAGAUGACAUCCAUCAUAUCAGGCUUCCAAGGAGAGAUUCCGGCGAACGGACGCCUUGGAGCUCCUUCCGUCUCCGGGCAGCGCAAUGUCGCGGCAUGCGCGAAGCACUACGUUGGCGAUGGCGGCACGACCAAUGGCAUCAACGAGAACAACACGGUGGCCACCUUCCACGAGCUGCUCAGCAUCCACAUGCCGCCCUACUACAACGCCGUCAUCCGUGGUGUCUCCACUGUCAUGGUCUCGUUCUCCAGCCUCAAUGGGGUCAAGAUGCACGCCAACCGUCCUUUCGUCACCGACUUCCUCAAAACGAAACUCCGGUUCAGGGGUUUUGUAAUCUCCGACUACGAAGGGAUCGAUAGGUUGACGACCCCUCAACAUGCAGACUACGUGUUGUCCGUCAAGCUGGGGAUCCUAGCCGGCAUCGACAUGGUGAUGAUCCCGUACAGGUACACGGAGUUCAUCGACGACCUCACACUGCUGGUGCAGAACGGCACGAUCCCGAUGAGCCGCAUCGACGACGCCGUCCGCCGUAUCCUACGCGUCAAGUUCACGAUGGGCCUCUUCGAGCACCCCUACGCGGACCCAAGCCUCACCGGCGAGCUCGGCAAGCAGGAGCACCGCGACCUGGCGCGCGAGGCCGUGCGCAAGUCCCUCGUCCUGCUCAAGAACGGCAAGCCCGGCGAGAAACCGCUGCUACCUUUGCCCAAGAAGGCCUACGGAGGCAGCAUCCUCGUCGCCGGCAGCCAUGCCGACGACCUCGGCAGCCAGUGCGGCGGCUGGACCAUCACCUGGCAGGGCCUCACCGGGAACAACCUAACCGCGGGGACCACCAUGCUCGACGGCAUCAAGCGCGCCGUCGAGCCCGCCAUAGACGUCGUCUACGCCAAGAACCCCGACGCCGGCUUCAUGCAGCAGAACAAGGUCCGUUUUGACUACGCCAUCGUCGUCGUCGGCGAGCCGCCGUACGCCGAGACGUUCGGCGACAACCUCAACCUCACCAUCCCGGCGCCCGGGCCCGACGUCAUCUGGAACGUGUGCGGCAGCAUCAAGUGCGUCGUCGUGCUCGUCUCCGGGAGGCCGCUGGUGGUGGAGCCGUACAUUGGAAUCGUCGACGCGCUGGUGGCGGCGUGGCUGCCGGGGACGGAGGGGCAGGGCGUCGCCGACGUGCUGUUCGGCGACUACGGGUUCACCGGGAAGCUCUCGCGGACGUGGUUCCGGUCGGCGGAGCAGCUGCCGAUGAACGCCGGCGACGCGCACUACGACCCCCUGUUCCCGUUCGGGUUCGGGCUCGAGACGCAGCCGUGGGCAGGUUAUUAAUUAGUUCUGCUGGAACAUGCACUACCUCAUUUGAUUUGAAUUUUGGCUAGGUAGUUCAGACCGUUUUAGUUGA